AUGGGCGUCUUUCAGAGUCCACAUGGCAGCUGGGACACAAACCAAUAUGUGUCGGCCAUUCUACCUCCUGUGGGACUUGUCCUGGUAUCUGUUCUGCUUCUGGUGGCUUUCUGCGUCUGGAGAAGAAGAUCGGGAAGGUCGGAAAAGGUCACAGUCGACGACCAAAUCGGCCUGUUUGUCAUCAAUGUCCCCUGCAACAGGAACCUAAAUAGAGCCGAUUCCGUCGCAAGUUUUCGUCAGGAUGCAAGCCUAUGUCCAGAGGGUGACACUAGUCUUGACUUUGACGAAGCACAAGUGGUAACAUUCGAUACAGUCUGUGAUGAAAUAUCAAACACACAACCAACGACUGAAGAUGUGACCCUUGACCCGCUGAGUAUUCAGGGAUCAAGUGUGUCUGACAACGCACGUCUUAGUGACGUAGCAACACCCGGUACUCGCCGUCAUGUUACAUCACUUGACCCGGAAGGUCUACUGAGUGUCAUUGUGUCUCCGGAUGACCACGCACCUCUUGGUGACUUCGGAACACCCGAUACUCACCGCCAUGUCACGUCAUAUGCGCCUCCUGGCGUGCUUCCAUGUACCUCUGGAGGUGGUCUGCCUGAGACAAACAGCUAUGAUCCGCUCAAUCGUUGUGAGGAAGAGGAUGAAGAGUGCACUGUCGUCGAUGACAACAACGUUGGGGACAUUUCAGAGGAAAACCCCUAUGUUGAUCUUGUAGUUCUGAAAAGAUAGACUUUUAGUUGCUCUGGACAAUGAAUUGGUCAGUUCUCAAUAAGAACGAAAGCACAUUAAUGUCCAGGACGGCGCCUCGGAUUUUCUUCCGCGAACAACUUAUCAUAUACUUGAUUUGAUACAUGCUUAUAAUGUUUACUAUUUCAAGGUUUGUCACUGUAUUUGCUCAUGCCCAAUGUUAUCUGUCUCGGUGGAUAAUGUAGACUGGCUGCUCUCUGGUGUUGACGUGUUACUGAUUGGUAGCUCCGUGGUUAAAGUGCUGACUUGAUGCAGGCUGACCAAGUUCUAAUCCCAUGAUGAGCUCACUUUCUGACGCCAACAUGCAGGAUACGUGUGCGUGUGACCGACUGUAUGCGGGGAUACCAAAGGUAAAGGGUAGGAUUAUGAUCAACACAUGUUCUGAACACCAGGCCUCCUUGAUCGAUGAAGUAGCCUAUAUUGAAAGCAUUAAAUCGUUAUGCCACAUGGGUGCAUGCUAAGAAUGGAACAUUGCUUAACACAAGGUAAAGCCCAACUUGUGACAACCUUAAUUAGCCAUUACUAUAGAAUUUCCGAUUGAGUGGUGUUUUCUUUUUAUUUGUACGGAUCUAUGUGGAUAUCUAUACCAGCUGUAAAUAAGUAUAUUGAUGUAUAUAUCGUAUCAGCUACAUGCAGUGUCAGUAUAAAGUUAUAGUCUAGCGUCCAAUGUCCAGUUUGCAAAUAAAAUGAUCUUCAGGC